CCGCAUAAAAAACACACAAAAGGCGCUCAGCCCCUCUCCCCGCCGACCCUUUUUUUCUCUGUCCCGCAUCACCAAAAACCAAAACACCUCAGAGACCGUCGCCUUUCGCAGCCGCCGGUUCAUCAACCUCGCCUCCCUCAACUUUCCUUUUUCCCACGAGAAACCCCGGAACAUCCGAGUUUAUGUCCAUCGAAAAUCUCAAGUCCUUCGACCCCUUCGCCGAAGCCGACGACGACACCGGUGAUAUCAAAAAGGUCGAGAACCACAUCCAUAUUCGCAUUCAACAGCGCAAUGGUCGCAAGUCUCUGACCACGGUUACUGGUCUUCCUGCUAAAUUUGACCCCGGCAAGAUUCUCACCUUCUUCAGGAAGGAAUUCGCUUGCAAUGGCAACAAGGUCAAUGAUGAAAAGGCCGGUGAGGUGAUCCAGCUCCAGGGCGACCAACGCAAGAAGGUCAUGGAUUUCCUCGUUGACAAGAAGAACGGUCUCGGUCUCAACCCCGACAACAUCACCGUUCACGGUGCCUAAAUCGUCCUCUUUCGCGCCGCCGCCCCGGCCCGCCCUUCCAGCGACUUGGCUUCACAGCAUGCUGGUGAUGAGCGUGUCGGAAUGGGGCUGCUCGAGCAGCCUGUGAACCUCACACAGACGCCUACCGCAACCUCCGUCGUCUAGUCGAAACCGCUGUACGCCCACCCCUCUGCUGGGCGCUGCGAGCGGUCUCAUGCGAUGAGAGGCCCUCUCCGGUACAAUCCACCGGCGUGCGCGUAAUAGCGUUGUUUGAAGGUCUGGCCGGCCGGACGCCAUACAGAGGACGGGAUAGAGAGGCAGCUAUAUUAUUGGCUUAACUACGCACCUACUCAUGCUGUGCUGCAGCACAGUAGGUCAAGUUAGCAACGUUUUUCUUUUCUUUUUUUUUUUUUUACGUUUGACCAAAGGUCUAGG